AUGAUCGAUGAUUUUACCGCGUUAGAUCAGUCUCCUUCGAACACUUCCAGUAGCUACAAUUUCACCCCAUCAAUGGAUAUUUUGCACAUGCGGAGCAAGCGAUUUAGCAAUCCAAGUGGUGUGGUGUGGUGUGUUGUUACUGGCAUGGGGAGGCAACCUUGCUGUGACAAACUUGGAGUGAAGAAAGGUCCAUGGACUGCUGAGGAAGACAAAAAACUGAUGAACUUUAUUCUCACCAAUGGCCAGUGCUGUUGGCGUGCUGUUCCCAAGCUUGCUGGCCUUCGUCGUUGUGGUAAGAGUUGUCGUCUUCGUUGGACUAAUUAUCUCAGGCCUGACCUGAAGAGAGGCCUCCUCACAGAGGCUGAAGAACAGCUUGUGAUAGAUCUCCAUGCCCGUCUUGGCAACAGGUGGUCCAAGAUUGCUGCCAGGUUACCAGGAAGAACAGACAACGAGAUUAAAAAUCACUGGAACACCCACAUCAAGAAAAAGCUCCUCAAGAUGGGUAUCGACCCUGUUACUCAUGAACCUCUCAACAAAAAGGUCUCAUCCCAGGAUAGUUCUUCUCCUGCAGAGCCUUUGCCACAAGUUCAUAAAAUCCAUCAGGUUAAGGAAAAUGGUGGGGUUCUCAACUCGGAAGAGAAUUCCUCCACAUCACCACCUGAAAAUUCUUCUGGGGAAGAAUCGCUUUUGAUGGAUAGCAUUUGCAGUGAUGUGUAUCUAAUGAACAGCAUGUGGCUGGAUGAAACUCCUCUUGUGAACACAUUAUGGGACAGUACACUUAAAUUAGAGAAUGAAAAUAAUGGCAUGGGCUUGCCAAUGUGGGAGGAUAACCGUCCUUGGUUGUUGGACUGCCAGGACUUUGGUAUUCAUGAUUUUGGUUUUAACUGUUUCAGCGAGAUUGAGUCAAAUGCACUUCACACCGUAGGCAUGGACAGAAAAGGGCUUUAG